AGAUCUUCAAACAAAAUGAAAUCCAUGGAUCAUCGUUAUCAGAAAUAUCUCAUUACGAUUUUCAUCAUAGCAUCAGGAUUAACACAAUGUGCUAGUGAAAAUAUUCUCAUGGUUACCAUGGGUGGAACAAAAUCGCAUAAAAUCCCUUUCUGGGAGCUUGCAAGAGGAUUAAUUAGUCGCGGCCACAACAUUACAUUCCUGAGUGGUUUUCCGGCUGAUUUUCAUAUCAACGGUUUAGUCGAAAUUACACCCACAGGCUUUGUGCAAUACAUUCAAAAUUAUACGAACUGGGAUUUAUUAGGUCGUCGAAUGAGAAAUCAGCUUCCUGUGCCUUUACUUGACAUAAUGCGAUAUCCAAUCGAAUCAUGUGAUGCUUUACUUGAUGACCAUGAAACCAAAGAUUUGAUGAAUUCUAAAUUUAAUUUAUUGAUAUUAGACGGCGCAUUUCCGGAAUGUGCUUUAGGCUUGCAAUAUAAAUAUAAAGUUCCAUUUAUGUAUAUAAACACUGUUGGCUAUUACACUGGUUCAACGUCGUUGUCGGGGUCACCAGCACCAUAUUCUAUUACGCCUCACUUCACUCAAGCUCUCACAGAUGACAUGAACUUCUUCCAACGAGUUUUGAACUCUGGAGUGUCAGUUCUUCUACAAAUUAUGCAUAUGGUGACAGUUGGAUUACUUCAAAAUGUGGUUCGUAAACAUCUAGGAGAUGAAAUUCCACCUCUUUACGAGUUAUCAAAGAAUGUGAGCUUUAUUUUGCAAAACUCACAUUUCAGCGUGAGUUAUCCUCGUCCGUUUAUGCCAAACGUUGCAGAGAUUGCGUGCAUACAUUGUAAGCCAGCACAACCUCUUCCAAAUGAUUUGGAAGAUUUUAUCAACGGAUCUGGUGAAACAGGUUUUGUGUAUGUUAGCAUGGGUUCAAGCGUGAAGGCCGCUAAUAUGCCGGAAAAUUUGCGUCAAUUACUCGUGAACACAUUCGCCAAAUUACCUUACCGUGUUUUAUGGAAAUAUGAAUCAGCCAUCAGUCAAAAUGAUCUACCGUCUAAUGUCAAAAUUUCACGUUGGCUUCCGCAACAAGACAUUUUGGGACACAAAAAGUUGAGAGCUUUUAUCACCCACGGCGGUCUUCUUAGCUUAUAUGAGACAAUUUACCACGGAGUUCCGGCAGUUGUUAUGCCUGUUUUUUGUGACCACGAUUCUAAUUCAGAAAAAGCAAAAGCCGAUGGCUAUGCUCUUAAAUUGCAUUUGGAAACACUGACAUCCGAAAAAUUAUUUAAAGCAGUCCAUACAGUGAUACAUGAUAAAAAAUACAGAAGAGAAGCAAAAUAUCGACAGUCAUUAUUACGCGAUCAGAAAACAUCGCCUCUAGAGACAGCGAUUUAUUGGACAGAAUAUGUUAUCAGACAUGAAGGUGCUUAUCAUUUGCAAACACCAGGGAGAUACAUGGGAUUCUUCCAAUAUUAUUCCUUUGAUGUGCUGUGCUUCUUCAUACUUUUAACAAUUUUGAUAAAGUUUACCUUAAAGCGGUACAUCAUCAAAAAUGCCGGUGAAAUGAACACGAAAUUGAAAAUGCAAUGAGGCUUUUGGUUGACUUUAAGAAAUUCUACACGAAACAUUGUUUCAUACACAAUUUGUAACUUUUUAAUAUUUAUACAGAUGUCAUUGGUCUCUCCGUUUUGUAUUUCUCUUAGCGAUAAUUUGUAAAUGUUUUCACAAUAAAAUAAAAAGAAAUAAAAAUCAAAUUUCUAAGGUUCCAGAUGUUUAUAAAAUUAUAAAAAGAUCAAAGUGAUGUCAUUUAUUCGUGAAUAAAUAUUAACGUUGAGAAAUAAGGAUAACACGAGGUUUUUUAAGGUCUCUGUUAUUGACAAAACGUUGACACGACGCC